UCCGAUAGGUUUAAAACUUACUAUGAAUGAAUUUGACAUUAUUAUAGGCAUAAUAUAAGUUUAACUAGGAACUUUUUAGAGCAAUUUUCUAUAAAAAAUCGAUAUGAGUACGAUCGGUCUACGUUAUAGCUCGACAGUCGAUUACAAUCUUACGGACAGACUAUAAAACCAUAUUUUUGCUACUUUUCCUUAGACAUGCGAAUACAUGGAGCUACGCAUCGAAAGAGAUAGGGGAGGAAAGAGUUUAAAUAAUGUUUUUAGCAACAAAAAUAUACUACUGACUUCAACGAAUUAAAUCAACAAUAUCCUAACAUCCGGGCUAAUAUUUGGACAUGAUCAAAUAAGAUAGCUAUCCAGGUAAACCGUAAAGUAAAAAAAAACGACAGCUAUUUCAUGUUAAUUGAAAACAGAAUCAACAAGUUCGGUUCAUCCCGUCCGAAAUACAGACGUAUUGAUCGAUUGGAGAUGCUCCUUUACAACAAUAUUUAUUUCCAUCAAUAUUGGGCAGUGAUCCGUUCACGUCGUAGAGGCGGUUUAUGCGGUUGAACCAUAGAAACUUGGCAAACAACGCUAACAAAUCACCUGAAAGUGGCUGUAAGCAAACAAACCAGCCCGCACCUCAUCACAUCACGACACCUAACAUCCUCCCCUAAAAUGCCGCCUCUACCAUUCUUCACUCCACAUUCGCACACUCGCACAUGCUUGCCCGCCUCGCUUGCGGCCGGCACUCGAGUGCAUGGCGCUGACGAGUGCGGUCGCCAACGCUGCUGCCGCCGCCGCCGCGGCCGGCGCAGGCAAGAAGGCCGCGCAGGUCCAGUUGCAGGCAGAGCUCAACACUGAUGAUGAUUGGAACAAGUUCCUCACCAGAGAUGGAUUGCUUGUUGUGGACGUGUACUCGGAGUGGUGUGGACCUUGUAUUGGGAUGGUGGGAAACCUGAAGAAGAUCAAAGUGGAACUGGGAGGAGACAACCUUCAUCUGGCCGUGGCUAAAUCAGACACUAUAGAAUGUCUGAAGCGGUUCAGGAAGCGGAGUCAGCCUACUUGGAUGUUCAUAGCAUCAGGACAACUCCUGAACGUGGUAUUUGGAGCGGACGCGCCCCGCAUCGCACGCACCAUCGAACAAGAGCUGAAGAAUGAGGAGCUCGCCAAGAAGGGGGAACUCGAGCGACCGAAGAGGGCGCCACAUGAGCUCACCACUCCUGAACAGGAGGUGGCCACAGCCCAAGAGAAGAUAGAACAGGAAAAGCGAGAGAAGGAGGCGGCGGCAAUAGAGGCGGCGCGGUACGAGCGGCGCGAGGCGCGCGCGCGGCGCCUGGAGAUGCACUUCGCGGACAUCUGCCCCGCGCUCAUGCUGCCGCACGCGCAGAAGAACUUGAGGAAGGUCACCGAUACUAUCGAAUCGUUUGGUAUAAUUUUAGCAGACAAGUGUCCAAUUGUAGUGGGCAAGGAAGGCGCCAAGAUCUUAGCUGUGGAAGAGCCGGAGCUCGGGGAGCCAGCUGCUGCAGCGGCCAUCAUAGAGAGACCCUCGCUGGCACUGCUGUUCAAGAAAAUGCCUGAUAAAGAAGGAGAUAUCAUCGAAAUUACCCGGCGAGCGCUAUGCGGCGACCACUUGGAUGAAGAUGACGAGGCUCGCAAGAAGCUCCCGUGCACGGAACUGCGGGAUGGUAACGUUAUCGGUCUAUUUGUUCCUGCUGACCGGCAUCAAAGAGCUGCGGUCCUGGAUGUGCUAUUCCCGAAGAUGGUAGGCGCAGUAGUAGAGCCGCCGGUCCCGGCCGAGCCCCCUCACAUCGCCAUAAUGUUCGGCGCGUGGCAGCGGCGCGCGGUCCUCAGCAUGGCGGGGCUGCCGCGCGUGGCGCCGCGGCUGCUGCGCUACGGGUUCUACGCGGACGCCAGCGUCGACGAGCCCAAGCUGCUGUGCAAGAACAUCGACCAGUACGAGCUGAGACCCGAGAAAGAUUUCUGCGAGACUAUAGUCUUGAUGAUAGCAAUGGGCCUGGCAGAACCAGAAUUAGCUGAACCCGAGGACAUGUUCCCGGACGGGCCACCCGAGGAGCUGCUGACGCUGGGCGCGCUACACAUCAGCGCGGACGCCGUGGUGGGCAAGGAGGAGUGCGCGCGUUUCUUCCCGCCCGGGUACAGCGAGCCCGAGCGGAAGCCCCGGCCCAAGGGGAAGAAGAAGAAGAAGAGACGUCACGACAAGGACGAAAACGCAGAAGAAUCAGCAGAACGUACACAAAGCACAGAGAACCCUGAAGCCGAACCCAACGGAGACACCGAGAACGGUGACGAAGGUGAUGAGAAUGGUGACACCGAGGAGAAUGGGGACGAGAAUGGUGAUGACGAGGACAACGAGGAACAUACCGCUGAUAAGGCGACUUCACCACCACCGCUUACACCACAUUAAAGUAUCAUAGACGAGGAUUUUUAAGAAAUUACGUCUAGUCGAUUUGUAGCUUUGUAGGAGGAAGAGAAUAGAUACACGGAAAGGGACAAAGAUGGACGCUUUAAGCAAUCAUUUUGGAGACUUUCAGCAGCAAGAUCAUACUCGUAUAUAUUUUAGCUAGCGUUGUAGAUCGAUUAAAAUAUUUUAAAGAUAGAAAGACCAUAAAAUUCUGCUUUAAUGAAAAAUUGCUAUAAUAAUAUAUUUAUAAAUAAAACACAACAUAAUAUUC